AUCUCGAAGUGUAUUUAAGGCUCGCACGCGCAAGGCUGCGGAGAUCCUUGGGGCUGCCACGACUGGGGCUUUGCCGUUCGCUUUUGCUCCUCCUGGGCCAUUUCGUUUCCUCUGUUCUUUGACCCUCCGCUACGCUUUUUGCCCCGCGCUCCUGCCGCGGGUCUCCCACCACUGCUCUCAGCCUUUUUGCCUGGAACUGAGUCCAGGUGGGAAACAGUUGGCGUGCGGAGAAACACAGACUAGGUAGAAAUCAGGGGAACUAACAGAAACGCAACAGGUCCCCGUUGCGGGGCGAGGGGAGCGGCAGACACCGCAGCCCUCGCCCGCUGUCCCCUGACUUCGGACUAGGUGUCUGUCCUUUAGGGGCCAGCAGGACCAUCCGGGUGGGUUUCAGUACGGUUUUCACCUCGUUGCCACCAGUCCCUAGACUGAGAGUGCUCUUCUCCCCGGGCUGGGAAGGGAGAAGAAGGCAAAGGACUGAUGGUCCGCAACUGCUGGUCUCGGCGCUGAGGAGAGUGGGGGUCCACAUCCUCGCGCCCCUGCUCCCACUACACCAACUAGUUGUACAGCCACGCUGAUUGAACUUUGAAGGAAACGUCCUUUUUCUUUCCUUUUAAGAUUAUUGGAAGUGGUACAGGGUGGGAGGCAGCUGACCCUGCCACGAUGCUGCUGAAGAAGCCUGCAGCGAAAGGAGGGGCCCGGGAGUCGGGAUCGGAGGACCCAAGCCCCGCUGGGCAGCGUUGUGCCAGGACCGUACCCUCGUGCGCGGUCCUGGCGGCCCUCCUAUCAGUGGUGGCCGUGUUGUCUUGUCUGUACCUGGGGGUGAAAACCAACGACCUCCAGGCGAGGAUCGCCGCUCUCGAAUCCGCCAAAGGGGAUCCUUCCAUCCGUCUGCUUCCUGAUUGCGUGGAUCAGCUGAAUGCAAUGGUGCAAGAGAAAGUGGAGCGACUUCUGGCUCAGAAAUCCUAUGAACAUAUGGCUAAAAUAAGAAUCGCAAGAGAAGCACCUUCAGAAUGCAACUGCCCAGCAGGCCCUCCAGGGAAACGAGGUAAGAGAGGCCGAAGAGGAGAAUCGGGUCCUCCUGGUCAACCUGGUCCUCAGGGCCCUCCUGGUCCAAAAGGUGAUAAGGGAGAACAAGGUGAUCAGGGACCUCGGAUGGUGUUUCCUAAAAUCAAUCAUGGGUUUCUCUCUGCUGAUCAGCAGCUCAUUAAACGCCGCCUGAUUAAGGGUGACCAAGGACAAGCUGGGCCCCCAGGCCCGCCAGGCCCUCCAGGCCCAAGAGGGCCUCCUGGGGACACAGGCAAAGAUGGCCCCCGUGGAAUGCCAGGAGAGCCCGGAGAACCAGGGAACCCAGGAAAGCAAGGCUCAAUGGGUCCUAUGGGGCCUCCAGGACAAAAGGGUUCUGUUGGAGCACAUGGAAUUCCAGGGAUGAAUGGGCAAAAGGGUGAGCCCGGGGUACCUGGAGCAGUGGGGCAGCAUGGAAUACCAGGGCCAAAGGGAGAACCUGGAGAACGAGGAGAAAAGGGUGAUGCUGGCGAGAGUGGCCCCAAAGGUGAUGCAGGCGAAAAGGGGGACCCUGGAUCAUCUGCUGCUGGAAUUAAGGGAGAACCUGGAGAAUCUGGUCGUCCAGGGCAAAAGGGUGAACCAGGGCUUCCUGGGCUUCCUGGACUUCCGGGGAUAAAGGGUGAACCAGGUUUCAUUGGUCCUCAAGGAGAGCCAGGCUUACCAGGGUUACCAGGAACAAAGGGCGAACGAGGGGAGGCAGGGCCUCCUGGAAGAGGCGAGCGAGGAGAGCCUGGAACCCCUGGACCAAAGGGGAAACAAGGUGAAUCAGGAGCUAGAGGCCCAAAGGGGUCAAAGGGUGACCGUGGUGACAAAGGAGACUCUGGAACAUUAGGACCAAGGGGUCCACCUGGCCAAAAGGGGGAUCAAGGAGCCACCGAGAUCAUCGACUAUAAUGGCAACCUCCACGAAGCCUUGCAGAGGAUCACCACCUUGACCGUCACGGGUCCCCCUGGACCACCUGGACCUCAAGGACUACAAGGGCCAAAGGGAGAGACAGGAUCUCCAGGAAUCCCAGGAGUUGAUGGAGAGCAGGGACUCAAGGGCUCGAAGGGCGACGUGGGCGACCCGGGUGCGCCAGGUGAAAAAGGAGGAAUCGGACUUCCUGGACUACCGGGUGCCAAUGGAAUGAAAGGAGAGAAAGGAGACUCCGGAUUGCCAGGUCCUCAGGGCCCCUCCAUCAUAGGCCCACCAGGCCCUCCAGGUCCCCACGGCCCACCCGGCCCCAUGGGACCCCACGGACUUCCUGGACCAAAGGGUGAACCAGGGUUAAAUGGUGUUAAAGGAUUGAAGGGUGAACCAGGUCAAAAGGGUGACAGAGGACCCCUUGGUCUUCCAGGAGCAUCUGGCUUAGACGGAAAGCCAGGAGCCCGGGGUACAGAUGGCCCUAUGGGACCCCAUGGCCCCGCAGGUCCCAAAGGAGAGAGAGGUGAAAAAGGAGCUGUGGGGGAGCCGGGACCCAGAGGACCCUAUGGUCUGCCUGGGAAAGAUGGAGAGCCUGGUCUUGAUGGCUUCCCUGGUUCACGCGGCGAGAAGGGUGACCUAGGAGAAAAGGGAGAAAAGGGGGAAAAGGGAAAGAAAGGCAAAAAGGGGCCUAAAGGGGAGAAAGGAGAACAGGGUGCUCCUGGAUUAGAUGCACCUUGCCCGUUGGGGCCAGAUGGAUUACCCAUGCCUGGCUGUUGGCAGAAGUGAUGAAUCUAACCUCCCAAGCAUGAAGUUGUGUACAUAAUGGUCCACUUUUUAUAUUUAUAGUUGAAAAUCGAAUUGCAGAUUUCACAAGUCUGAGAUAUGUUUACGUGUAGCUGCUUCCUCCUGUUUGCAGUAGUGCACAUGUCCAUCUUUUCUUCACUUACAGCUAAAACGGGGCAACCUGUGAAACUAGUGAGAAGCAUGCAAAAAAAUAUAGAUCAGUAUCUCUAUCUUAUGUAAAGAUAUGUAUUUAUAUGGACAUACCAGUGAUAGAGAAUGAUUGUUCUUGCUAUUUUCUUACUUUGGGUUUGUUCAUUGCAUGGACAGAAGGUGCCAUGAAAUAGUUUACAUAAAAUUGUGACCAAAUAUGGACUCAAGCCCAUGAAAGUGUACUAUACUGACUGAUGCUAGAGUUUAUCGUCACGUCCCUACUCACUUUCACUCUCAGCAUUGAGUUCACCCCACCCACGGAAACCGACUAAAAAAGCAUGACUGUGCCAAACCCGCUCGUUGCCGUGCGACUCCAGAUACUAGCAUGCCUCUCCAUGAGUCCUUUGAUCACAUCUGAGCUUUUAUUUCUUUUGUCAUCUCAAGGGGGUUACACCGUGGCUUAUUGCCAAAAAGAGAUAAGGUGGUGGAGAGCACACACACAAAUGGUCUUGUAUUUUGAGGGAGCUGCAGUCCCAGCUGCGGAUCUACAGCUUCCAGUAUUGCAGGCUCAAGUGAACACCUUGGUUGAAAUAUCGAGGGGUUGAGCUGCUUGUGCCGCCGGUUUUCCUUGGGCUGCCCUCGGCAGUGAAGACCAGGAAAGAGGACCGGUUCAGCCUCCUGCGCUGUCUCUCCGUGUGACCAAGUAGGAGAGAGGUUUACGAGUGCAGGCACCCAGAACAGCAGACCUUCUUUUUAAUAAACUGAGUUUCAGCAGGUGUUAGGAUGGGUGCUUUGGGAAAAUGACAGCAACACAACAGGACGUCUUUCAGGUAAAAGAUUCUUGGAAUGGCAGCCUCUGUUUCUGAGGAGGAAGGGUGUGUACAUCCCACCAAAGCUCAGGUUGCUGACAAAUUCACACGUCUUAAAGGGGAGUCCACAGUCUCUACCGAAGCUGAUGUGCGAGCUUUUCUCCUCUCCAAGAUGGAACCCACUUCAAACAUUUUCAACAAGGUUCUAGAAACAGAGGACUUCCAAUUCUUUUAAAGUCUUUUUUUUUCUUUUUUUUUAGUGCGCGGAACACUAAGCUGAAAUACUUUUGUCAUAUUUGUUUGAACAUUUUUUUAACAAAAAGUCUUUAAAUCCUAAUAACUUGGAACCAACAGUCAAAAUGGCCUUUUACUAAUUUCUUUCUCUCUGGUUCUAAAUAAUUGAAGAGGCUGUAAAAGAAGCUCCACUUCCACUUCAGUCAUAGCAAAGUAUCGAAAUUAAGCAAUUUUUUCAGUACUUUUUUACUUCUUUCAUAUGAUGAAUAUAACAUACAGUGCGAUUAUCAGUAAAGAUAAAGUCAAGAUUUGGUCACAUUUGAUAGUAUUAACUCGUUUCUAUUUUUUGUAGCUCUAUUUAGAUUUAAGAUUUGUUUCUAUUUAGAUUUCUUUAUCUUUUUUUUUUACAUUUCUAAAUGUUUGUCAUAUGCAUAGACCAAAUCUGAGAUCUCAGAAAGCUGUGAAAUAUAGUUGCCAUAGAGGGAGUAUUUUUUCAUCUUUUUGCUCAGAAGUUACCUGACUGGAUUAGACUGAGCAUUUCUUUGCACAGUGAAGUGUUGGUACAGUGUUCCGAAAUGGCUUGUUCUACAUGGGAGAGUUCCAUUAGGGAAAACUUCAUCAAUGAGGAGUUGUCACAUUUAGCUCAUGGGACAAUAUAAUUUUUCUCCCAACUUGAUGCCAUUUUGUGGGGAAAUUUCGAGUUUCACACAUAGGUUUUCACCACCAAAGGGAAAAUUAGCUCAUCAUUGACUUAUGCUGACAAUAGUCAAGAUAUGGUCAUAAGAUGAGGAUCCUACACGGUCCUUAAGAGCUCUUUCAUAUUUUAUAACCAAAUGCUCAAUUACGCAAAAUGCCUUCUUUUUAUUCCCAUUAAGUUUUCAAGAUGGGAAAGAUGUUCAAACAAUUGGAUCAAUCUGAUUGGUGGCAAUUCUAGUAACAUUCCACACUCUGAAGCCAAUGUGGCAUCUUUAAAACAACAGAGGGCAUUUUCCUAACCAUCUCUUGUACAACAUGGUUAGGAUAAAGUACUGUUGUUCAAUGUCUGAAAAAUGUGUUUUAAAUGGAUUGGAAAAAUAAACUGAAGCAGGUCAAACUAUAGUCUCCUCAGGAAAACAAAGAGCAGUAUCUUGAGAAAAAUCUGGUGGUUAUAGUUCAUCCUAUCUAUCUUUCUUUCUACUCCUCUAGUAGAAACAGGUAUUAAGAUGGGUCACUAUUUAAAACUUGCACAGCUUCUAAAGAGAAUAAUACCUCAAAAGAUAAUCAUUUUAUGUACAAAAUUUUUUAAAAGGCAGCCCUUUAAGAUUAUUGUUCUGUCCUAUGUGUAUAUUGGGUUUUUGCUUUCACUUGGUAACAUUGGCAUUUAUUCCAUGAUUAAAGGAAUAAAAUUAUUAACUCACAUUACAUGUACUUCCUUGGGAAAAACAAAGGGAUCACAGUACUCCUCUUUGUUCAGUGGAAUUACUGGGUCUUAACCACUAUGGAUAAGCAUAAACUUUUGGUUACUAAAAUAUUUUCAACCAUCCAUUUUGUCAUCAAUAUAGAGAAUCCUUAAGUAACUGCCAAGUGAACUAAUAAAUUAUGUCUGCUGACAUAUGUGUUGGCAGAUACAUAUAUUUUAAAGAUUUCUUUCUUUUAAUUUAUAUAAUUGGAUAGAGGAUUGAGGAAAAAUACAUGAAAGACACAUUGGAAGGAAAUCAAGAUCAUGUUCUGUUGCUGAUAAGCAUCUUUUAAGGAUACCAAAUUGGUUGGUGUUUCAGCUUUAAAAUUGUCUUUCAUUCAUGUUGGUGCUGAUGUUAUUUCUUUUAUUUUUCUUUAUGGACAGUGCAACUCUACUAUGGAUAAUUUCUUUCUCUGUUUAAUAGCAUUCCUAAACUGUUAGUGUGUAAUUUGAUUUUUAAAGUUCAUGAAUUUGCUGUAAUCACGGUUCAAUCAAUGACCAGUCUUUGUUAACAUAAAACAAACGGAACAAUGAACCCAUAGAUGAUGUAUCCUUACCUGGAUCAUGAUCCUCAUAUCACAUGUUCUUCUCGCAUUCUAUAUAUGCCUUUUAUCAACUUUCAUUCUCAUCUCUUAGCUUACAGAAUAGAUUGUGUGACAAAACCAGAAUUAGGCAAGCCUGCAUACGUUCAUAGCAUGCCUGAUACACAAGUAGGCCUAAAUUUUUCCUGUAGUUUUUAUUUCCAUUAUGAAAAGCAGUGUUCAAGAAUUUUUCUGUUUUAUUUGAUUUUAUAGAAAACAUGAAACUGUCUUGAAUUUCUAUCUCCAAAAAAGUCUUCUUGAAUUUACUUCCCCUGCGUGGUGUUCUAAAGGCACAGGAAGAACUUACACCACUAGUAGUUCAUUCCACCUGUCCUUUGCUAGUUUGGGAAACGGUCAGAUCAGCAUGUCAGUAUCAGUGGAAAAAUUGUUGGUAUCUUAUAUUUUCAUUACUUAAGAAAUGUGCUUAAUUUUCCAAGAUCUUUAUUUUUUUUGGCUGUUACUAUCAUAGCAUAAAAUGCUAACACCACUUUUCAUCCCUUUUUUUUUUUUGCUUCUAUGUAUUAUCUUGCUCAGGAGUCAGUUAUGCUUUGCUUGGUGAGUGGUGUUUUCAUACCUUCUAAUAAGUAAUUAUAAGAAUAUGCCAAUACUGGUAUUUCCUCUGUUUCUUGAUAAUCAAGUUAUAUUAAUGGUUAACAUUACCAAAAACAUGAACUGUUUCGACUCAUACCAAAACAAAAAAACAAAAUCCCUGCUAUCUCUAGAAAGUCAAGACCAUAGCAACAUAUUCUUAUAUUCUCAUAAAUAACAAUUCAGAACAAUAUCAUGCAUUUGAUUCUGGCUCUUAAAAUUAUUCUCUCCUAGUGGAAUUAACAUGAUUGACCAAUUACGAUUUGCUGACCUUCAGCCCCUACCUUUUCUUCAUAUUGGCUAGAUUUACUAUAUGCCAUAGCAAAGAUACCCUUCCAAUUUAAAUUUUUCAUGGAUUUAGUAUUUGUUAAUCCAAUGCUGAAACAUUUUAAUGGCAUGUCUGAUUUUUUUAAUGUGCUUAGAUGCGUAAGACUCCCUGUGUUGUUUAUUGACAGAACGGUCCUUUUGGGAAUAGGGAGACUUUUUAAACCUGACCUGUUAUGAUUUAUUGAAAACUUAAUAAAGUACUAUCAUCUCUUACAAUGCAGUUGAUAUUUUCACAUAUCCCAGAAAUAUUAAUAAAUUGGAUUCACAAAAAAAUGUCUUACAUAUUAUUGACAUUUAUGUGAAUAUUCUUUAUACUGUUGUAAAUGUUUCAUGCAACUGAAUUACAUUUUUAAAAGAUGUAUGUAUCUGAUUUUUCUUUAGAAAAUAUUAUAUUUUUAUUUGUAUUUUUUACAUUUUAAAGUUCAUCUCUACAUGCAGCUAUUUUUAUAUUGCCAAAAAAUCACAUAAAUGCAAAAUAAGAGGAAAAUGCAAACAAAAUAUUUUGGCACACAAUACACUGCAUAUUUUUCUUAAUAUUUUGUGGGCCAGUCUCAUACAACUGAUUAUUCUAAGAUGUGUUGUGUCUUAUCAGUGUAAAUAUGGCACAAACCUGUUUUUCUCUGUAGUGUAAAUAAUUGAGAGAUGAAUUCUCCCUGUUUGAUUUCUUGUUUCAAUUUUAUUUUAAUUUCUCCAGCUGACAUUGCUGAAUCAAACGAUGCAUGUGAUUUUCAAUUUGCAGUUUGAAGAUAAUUGCAUUGUGUUCAGUUUCUAAUUUGUCUUUAUUUGCUUUUAUAACUUGUUUACAGGGUUCUUAGUUUGUGAGAAGUUGAUCUUCAGAAUUAUUUUUACACUAUUUAUGACUUAUUUUCAUAAUGUAAAAAGUGUGUAAUUAUUACAACAUUAAUCCAAACAAUGGUAAUGAAUUGUAUUGUUAUAAAGCUUUAUUGAUAUUCAUGAA